AUGUUAAGACUAAUUCAAUGGAAUUGUGAUGGGUUUUAUCCCAGACUAGAAUACUUACAAAAACUUAUAUCGGACUGUUCGCCCAAUUUUAUUUGUCUCCAAGAAACCAAUUUCACCAAAGCUCACCACCCUUAUCUAAAAAACUACACCAGUUACAACUUUUUAAGACCUACACACCUACGAUGGAAAACACUAGAUAGUUUAUACGAUAGCAAUCACUACCCCAUCCUUAUCUCAAGUCAUAUCACAGAAACUGCAGAAGUCAAAACCAAAUGGAAAAUUACUGGUGCAAAUUGGAGUUUAUUCAGCGAUACUGUUGAGGACCUUUCAAACCAAGUAAUUUUCAGGGAAAACAUCGACGAUGCCGUAGAGCAAUUUAAAAAUUGUAUCCUAACUGAAGCUGACCAGUGCAUAGGCAAAUACACUAUUAAUUCCUCAAGAAAGACUGUCCCGUGGUGGAAUGACUCCUGCAAACUAGCAAUAAAAGAAUACAAGAAGGCUCUUAAUAGAUAUCGCAAAACCCGUAGCACUGAAGAUCUUAUUUAUUUUAAGAAAAUGCGUGCAAGAUCCAAACGAGUUCUGAAGGAAAGCAAAAAAGAAUCAUGGAAAAAAUUUGUAAACAGCAUAACUUCAGAUACCCCUCCCGCCCAAAUGUGGACCAAAAUCAAACAAAUGAGAGGACUAAACACAUAUCGAAAAAUACCCGCAAUAACAGACGGAGAUAACAUCAUUACAAAUGAUAACCAAAUAACAGAAACACUAGCCAAAUACUUUCAAAACAAAACUAAGUCUGAACUCUCCGUUCCGUACCCCACAAACCACUUGCCACCUAUCCCUAUCCAAACCAAUCCAAUAAACCUUGCCUUCACAGAAGAAGAGCUAAAUUUGACAAUAUCAUCAAUGAAAAACUCGUCUGCAGGUCCUGAUGAGAUCCCAUCUAUUUUUCUUAAACAUCUACAUACAGCAACUAUCUCGAAGCUGCUCGCGCUCUUCAAUAAGAUAUAG